AGUGGGCUUCGAUGAACAAACAGGUAACAUUUACAAGUCGAGCCGUCAAAGGAAUCCACAGGUGUCGUAUGUUCUAGUAUAUGAUUAGCCUUUGACAGAGCAUUUUCCACGAUGUCAAGCCUGCCGUCGGCUUGCACGGUUGCACCUGAUUCGUUCUACUGAUGUCACAGACAAAUCGCAGAAUUUUGCACUUGAUACGCGUACGUGCGUACCAUUAACCAUUCUGUCUGCUACUCCCUUUUAAGGCACCAAGGGCUCCCUUGAUCCCCGCACGUCGUCACUCCUUGCCGCCCUGUAGCAUGCCAACCAUGUCACGCACGACGCCGUCGAGCCCGUUGACGCGCGCCACGCCCCCGCUCUCCCCGACGGCCGGCGGCACUCCGAGUCGCCUGGCCGUCGCGCCGGCCUCCCCGUCCACCCCGCAGUGCGCUAUUCCGGCGUCGCCCCACACGCCGGGCAGGGCCAGGGCGAGCGCUCCCACCCCGCCGCCGGCCACGCCGCGCACACCGCGCCCGGAGAUCACGCUCCGUCAGCCGGCGUCGCAGGCGUCACAGAAGCGCGCGCCCGCCGCCGUCCGGAAGCCGUCGCGAGCGCUCCGCGCGAUCCGCGCGCUGAUUCGGUCGCUGCCCAUCGUCGCACCCGCGGCGUGCCGCCCGGCGUCCGCGCUCCCGCGACGCUACACCAAGCCGCACGACGGGCACGGCGGCAGCGGCGGCGCGCGCGUCACCGGCACGUUCUACGGGCACCGCCGCGCGCGCAUCACCCUCUCCGUCCAGGAGCGCCCCGGCAGCCUCCCGUCGCUUGUGCUCGAGAUCGGCGUGCCCACGGGGAAACUCAUGCAGGAGCUUUCCGCCGGCGGGCACGUCCGCAUCGCCCUCGAGUGCGAGAAGAAGUCCAAGAAGUCGACGCUGCCGGAAGGCGGCGGCGGCGGCAACGUGAGCCUGCUGGAGGAGGCGAUGUGGACGGCGUACGUGAACGGGCGGCGCGUGGGGUACGCGGUGAGGCGGGAGGCCUCGGAGGGCGACCUCGCCGUGAUGCAGCUCCUGAGUACGGUCUCGGUGGGCGCCGGCGUGCUACCCGGGGACGUGGUGGACGCGCCAGCCGGGUCGGAGGCCGACGGCGAGGUGGCGUACAUGCGCGCCGGGUUCGACAGGGUGGUCGGAAGCAAGGACUCCGAGUCGUUCUACAUGAUUAACCCGGAGGGGGUUGCCGGCGGUGGCACGGAGCUCAGCAUAUUUCUUGUCAGGGUGUAGACACGUCUAUGAGAAUUUCGUUUUAUUUUACGAUUGCGUUUGAAUGUAGAUUUGGAAUGGGAAAAGGAAUGACAUUUUUUUGAUAA